AUGAGCGCUCCAUUGUCCGCCGAAGAGAACGAACGCUACACCAAUAUCAUCGAUGAUAUCCUUGCCAAAGCCGAUCUUGAGACAAUCUCUAGGAAGAAAAUCCGCCAGGGCCUACAGGACGCGCUCGGUGGGCUCGACCUCACCGAGCAGAAGGAUGCCAUCAAAGCCCUGAUUGAAGAGCGCUUCGACGCUGUCUCCAACGUUACUCCCGAACCUGCUCCCUCCCCCAAGAAGCGCUCCAAUGGCGCGACGUCCGAAUCACCUGCAUCGCCUGAGCCCGCGCGGAAAAAGGCCAAGCGGUCCGAGUCUGCAGAGGACGCCGACGCCCGUCUAGCCGCACAGCUGCAGGAGCAGGAGAAUAGCCUCGCGCGAGGAAGGUCGACUCGUGGUGGCUUGGACAAGAAGACCAAGCCGAAAAAGGCUGCGGCCAGGAAGAAGAAGAGCUCCAACAAGAUCAGCAACAAUGAUGACAGCGAGGCUGAGGGUUCUGAUGGCGAGCCCAAGAAGAAGCGCAAGGCUGGAGGCGGCUUUCAGAAACCCUUCAACCUGAGUCCUGCGCUUGCGGACAUUGUCGGCGAAAGCCAACUCGCUCGCCCAGCUGUGGUCAAAGGCCUCUGGGCUCAUAUCAAGAGCAACAAUUUGCAGGACCCCAACGACAAGCGGUCAAUCGUAUGCGAUGCCAAGCUCUACGCGGUCUUUAAACAGGCCAAAGUCAACAUGUUUAGCAUGAACAAGGAGCUCGGCAAGCAUUUGUACCCCGUUGAGGAGCCGCCAGCCCAAUCGUAG